AGAAUGAUAGUCGUCUGUGCAAACAAAAUCUCCACCAAAAAAACUUUGUCAAAACAUCCACAAUGUCAAAACUAAGCCGAGAGAGUACUGCCCUGAAGAUGAAAGGCGCCGGUGACGGUAUCAAAUCCCUGACCAGAUCCUCGGAACGCAUCCCCGUACCCUCAUCCAGGAAGUUCACGGCCACGCUGAACCGGGACGAGAGCGUCCAGUUGAAACUCAAGAAAGUCCUGGAUGACCUCGAAGCCAAGCAAGGAAAGCUAAAGAAGUCCAAAACUGUCGCCGAGAUAACACCCACCAAAAGUGUCCGUAAAAAGCCCGCGAAGCGUCAAGACGGCGGUGCGUCGGCGGCAUUGCAUGCGACGCCUAGGCCUCCAGCGGGUGACGCGAAAGGGCCGCCGUCUGGACGCGACGACGAAGCGGAGCGUCGGCGUCGUCAGCUGGAGCUAUUGGUUUACCACCGCAUACUUGUGUUCGUUUGGCGCCGUAGCAAAGCGCGCCUGGCGAUGGUAUCUGAGUCACUACGGCGCCGCCAGGAUCAGAUCAAUAAUUUAGAAAAACAAGUCAAUUGCCUGAAACACUUAACGCACACUGAAUGUAUGAAACGUAGCGAAGUAACAAACGAGUACCAACGAAUAGAAAGCAUUCUGCAGACGAUCCGGACGGAAAAUGCCACCUUAACUGCAGAAAAAACACAACUACAAAGUGCACUUGACGAUUUCAGAAACAAACUUCAGAAGACGUCUACAGAACUAGAAAACAUGAAAAACGAAAUCAAUACAAAAACUAUUUAUAUAAAGCGUUUAGAAAACGAACUCCAAAAAGAAAGAAACGCGUCGAAGAAAAUGCGAGAAGAGAACGCCACGCUUGUUGAUAAAGUGAAAGCACAACACGCCGAGAUUAAGUCGCAGGAAGAAGUCAUGGAUAAGAUGAAUCGGACGUUGAAAGAUCUAGAAAAACGAUUAAAAGAAUGCGAGGAAGCGAAAAAAGUCUACGCUUCAGAGGUCGAUAAGUUGAAAGAGCAGUAUAAAAUGAAAGUAAAAAGCUACGAUUGUGUUCGGUACGAGCUGAGUCGCGUUUGUUCUGCGAAAGACGAAAUGAAACGAAAAACCGAGAGUUUGGAGGACAAACUGGCGGUGCUAAGUAGCGACUACGAGACGGUUUUUAAGGAAAAUUCAGAUCUGAAGACGAAAGUGGAAAAAUGUAUGUGGAAAAACGCGAAGGAAUUUGUGCAAGUGUCUUGGGCGGUUUUGCAGAAUGCGGCUUACUUGAUGUUGCCAGCAUUGCCGGAAAUUUAAUUUAUACUAA